AGCAUGCUUUUUCAGCCAUGAAGUUUGUGAAGAAUGAGAUUCGAAACAAAAUUUGUGACCAAUGGUUAAAUGAUUGUCUAGUGACAUAUAUUGAAAGAGAUGUCUUUGCUACUAUUAGCAAUGAUAAAAUAAUAAAUCACUUUCAAAAUAUGAAAACUAGACGUUAUCAUUUGUAAGAUGUAUUUCACAUUUGCAAUGUAGAACUAUUUUUAAUUAGUAUUUUCAAUAAUAUAUAUAAACUUUAAUGUUAUGUAUUGUAGAAUAUUGUUUAUUUAUUGUUAGAAGCGUGAUUGUUGGAUAUAAAGUUUCUAAAUUGCGACCGGCGACCCCAUAUGUUUUCUGUGUAAUUCGUCUCUAGAUCUUGAAAGGGGAAAAGGGUUUUUCAUCAUCAUCUUCGUCUUCAAGAAACACUUCCACGACUAAAAAUGAACGAUCUGAUGACCAAAUCGUUCUUGAGUUACGUGGAACUGAAAAAGCAAGCCCAGAUGGACGAUGAACCUGAGGAUAAAGACAUAGAAUUAGGCCACCUGAGCAAUGAAGAUUCAAAUAACCUCUCCCAUUUCUUCCAACAAGUUGAAGAGAUCAAGACUGACAUAGAAGGGAUCAAAGACCUCUUCUCCGACCUUCAAUCCCUAAACGAGGAGACAAAAACGACCCACAGCGCCAAAGUUUACCGCGGAUUAAGGGACCGUAUGGACUCGAACAUGGUGACCGUCCUUCGCAAGGCCAAGACGGUCAAAACCAAACUCUGGGCACUUGACCAAUCAAAUUCGGCUCACCCAAAUGGAACCACGGUUGACCGAAUCCGUGUUUCCACCACCCACGGGCUGAGAGUCAAGCUGAAGGACAUCAUGAAUGAUUUUCUUGCGCUGAGACAGAAGAUCGUCUUGGGUUACAAAGAUGACCUGAGGAGAAGGUACUAUAAUGCCACGGGAGAGGUUCCAAAUGAAGAAGUGAUAGAGAAGAUGGUUUUGGGGAGAGAAGAUGUUCAGAUCUUUGAAACAAAGGUGGAGAUGAAAGAGGAGAGCAGAGAGCGGCAUGAGGGUGUGAUGGAGAUUCAGAGGAGUCUGGACAAGCUUCAUCAGGUGUUCCUUGACAUGGCUGUCAUGGUGGAGGCGCAGGGCGCACAGAUUGACAAUAUAGAGCGCAAUGUCGCCAAUGCCGGAAGCUUUAUCAACGGUGGGACCCACAACCUUUUCUACGCAAAGCAGAUGAAGCGCAGGGGGAAGAAGUUGGUGUGUUGGGUUUUCUCUGUGUUGGUUAUCGUCUUACUGGUCUGCCUCAUUAGCUUGCUAACUUCUUGAGAAGAACACUUGAAAGGAGAAAAAUGUCAAGAUUCUUGGCAAUAAAAGUUCACAGAUAUC